AUGAAAACUACCUGGCUGUCUUUUGCUGCCUUUGCACAGGCUGCGAUGGCCAUGCCCGCCACCGAGGUUAAGCUUGAAGCCAAGGACAUCGAGUUCAAUACCACCGCCGCGGCCGAAGCUGCUCUCUUGGCCUGGGGUUGCGUCCACAACAAUGAUGCUGGCCGUUGGGAUGAUCCCAUGAAGCCUAGCGGCAGACUUGCUGAUCUUUGCAGCCGUGGUGGUGGAUGCCAUCAGGCAGCAAUCGGACGUAUGUGUGUCCAUGGUGACACGGGACAGUGUGGUUGCGCUGUUGCUAGCGCCGAGGAGUACGAAUCCUUGUAA